AUGAAGUUAUUAUUAAUAGGAAUUAUUCCAAUUGCAUUAUAUGCUAUUUUCAAUUAUUUAUUUUAUACUUGGUUACCUACUAAUUAUUUAUUUGAUAAAGAAAUAUUACAACAAUUAGUUCAAGAAACAUUAAAAGAUCAUUCUGAUGGUAAUUCUACUGCCAUUAUGAUUGAUUUAACUUUCAAAAUUCAAAAACAAUACCCAAAUAUUAUUAAUGAUUUAAAUUUUAAUGAUUGGGUUUAUAAUAAUGCUGGAGGAGCAAUGGGGACAAUGUUUAUUUUACAUGCAUCAAUUUCGGAAUAUUUAAUAUUUUUUGGUACAGCAAUUGGUACUGAAGGUCAUACUGGAGUUCAUUUUGCUGAUGAUUAUUUUACAAUUUUAACUGGUGAACAAAGAGCAGCUUAUUCUGGAUCAUUAAUACCAGAAAUUUAUUUACCAGGUGAUCAACAUCAUUUACCAAAAGGUCAUGUUAAACAAUAUUCUAUGCCAGGUGAAUCAUUUGCUUUAGAAUUGGCUCAAGGUUGGAUUCCAGCAAUGUUACCAUUUGGAUUUUUAGAUACUUUAACUUCAACUAUGGAUUUUCAUACUUUUUAUUUGACAGCUUAUUUUACUGGUAAAGAUAUGAUUAAAAAUUUAUUAAAUGGGAAAUUCUAA